UCCGCACUCUCGCUGGUGUAUCCAUGGCAACAGCUUCUAGUGUUGAUCAUCCCAAGAUGGCGGACGAAGAGAAAUCCGCGGCGCUCCCAGUUGCUACUGAAGCCAAGAAACGUCGGGCACCCAAAGCUCCAGAGCUUCCCAUUGUGGAGAGGAGAAACUGGCUGAUCCACCAGCAUUACAUCUGCAAAGACUAUGAUACCUGUAAGACGAUCAUCAAAGAACAACUGCAGGAGACUAACGGGACGUGUGAAUACGCCAUAUAUGUUCAAGCACUAAUCUUGCGUCUUGAGGGCAAGAUUCAACAGUCCCUGGAGCUGUUUCAAAGCUGCGCCGUCCUUAAUCCCAGCAGUGCUGACAAUCUGAAGCAAGUGGCCAGAUCACUAUUUCUCCUGGGAAAGCACAAAGCAGCGAUUGAAUUCUAUCAUGAAGCUGCGAGGCUCAACGAGAAAGACUGGGAGAUCAGUCAUAAUCUGGGCUUGUGCUAUUUCUUCAUCAAAGACUUCAAAAAUGCUGAAGAGCAUCUGAACGUAGCUCUCCAGAUAAACAAACACGACAAGACCUUCAUGAUGCUCGGCAAUGUCCAUUUGCUGGCUGGGGAGACAGACAAGGCCAUCGAGGUGUAUAAGAGAGCUGUGGAGUACUCUCCGGAGAAUACUGAACUCCUCACGACUCUUGGGCUGCUGUUUCUACAGCUUGGGAAAUACCAAAAAGCUUUUGAGCACCUUGGAAAUGCCCUCACUUUUGACCCCAACAAUUAUAAGGCCAUCCUGGCUGCAGGCAGCAUGAUGCAGACCCACGGUGACUUUGAUGUGGCCAUGAAUAAGUAUCGAGUGGCAGCAUGCGCCGUGCCUGAGAGCCCUCCUCUCUGGAACAACAUCGGCAUGUGCUUCUUUGGAAAAAAGAAAUACGUAGCUGCCAUCAGCUGUUUGAAGCGGGCACACUACUUGUCUCCUUUUGACUGGAAAGUGUUGUACAACCUCGGGCUGGUACAUCUGACCAUGCAGCAGUACGCCUCCGCCUUUCACUUCCUCAGUGCAGCCAUCAACCUGAACCCACGAAUGGGAGAUCUCUACAUGUUGCUGGCAGUGGCUCUGACCAACCUGGAGGAUGUAGAGAAUGCCACCAGAGCGUACGAACAAGCUGUGAUGAUGGACGAGUCAAACCCUCUGGUCAACCUGAACUUUGCCAUCUUCCUCUACAAUCACGGUGAAAAGAAGGGAGCUCUGGAUCAGUAUCAGGAGAUGGAGAGGAAGGUCAACCUGCUUCGAGACAGCAGCAGCAACUUUGAAUUUGAUUCUGAGCUAAUGGACAUGGCUCAGAAGAUGGGAGCUGCCCUGCAGGUGACAGAGAGUCUGGUGUGGACUAAACCAGGCAAGGACUCCAAAUCUAAACCAAACUCUGCAGCAGCCACCAAAACUCCCGGUGCUCCUCUUGGUACCAACCAAGCUCUGGGCCAAGCCAUGUCUUCUGCUGCGAGCUACAACAAGAACAUCCAGCUACCAACAGGAGUUUCUAAAGGCCCCUCCAUGCCCCUCGAGCCAGAACCUGACGUGGACAAAGCCCCCAGCCCGCCCUCUGAUCCUCCGGGCUCCCCAGAACCUGCAGACUCAGCAAACCUCAAAUCCAGAACAUCCAAGAGGAAAUCCAAGGUGGAGGCGUGAAUUAGCUUGUUGGCUACCUAUCUUUGUCAUAAGAUGUUCUCAAACAGCAACCAAGCUAUCUGUGGUUUUCUAUCUCAUCGUAGUUAGACAUGAAGCCUUGAGUUGUCGGCUUCUGGUUUAGGCGCACGGUGCACAGACCUACAUAAUAAUUUACUUUACACUGAAAAGGGCAAAGUCAACGCGCACUUUUUUCAUACCGUUUAUUUCAGGAAAUAUUGAAUGUCACCACAACGCAUCACUUUUUAAACCAAAACUGGAGAGAAUCAAGUGUGUCUUGUAAAUCUGUGUAGAUGUGACAAUUCCAGUGGAUGUUACAGAAAUGAUAAAAAGAGCAUCUGUGCAGUUGCAAGUGUUAAUAUUUGGAUGAGUUAGCAAUAAGGUUAAAUGAAUUUUACCUGUGUUGACAUCUCGUCUCCACAGCUGAAUACAUGUGAAGGAAAUGCUGCGACAAUCACUGCUGAAAUACAGAGUACAGAGAGAGAGGUGUGUGAGUAGUUCCAGGAUGUUGCUUGUUUGUACGAUAGGGCUCUUUUUGAGGGUGGAGUGUAAAUAGUGACACAUGCUUUUAUAUGUGGAUAAAUGUUUAUAGAGAGUAAUGUAUUUAAUAUUAAAGA